AUGACUGUGGAUCUGGUCACACUGGAAACUCUAGGGGAGAUUGACCCAGAUGAGAGUCCUGUGCUGGUGCUGCCAUGCGGUCAUGCCUACACUGUGGAGACUUUAGACGGUCAUCUAGGGCUGAACCAGGUCUAUGAAGAGUCAGAAGACAGGUCUGCUGGUGGCAGCAGUGCUGCUGGAGGGGGGGCUGGAGGCGGGGUGGGAGGUGCAUUGGAAGCUGCUGCUGGCAAGUGGGUGGCAGUGCGGCCGUUUGAGGAUGGCGAUCUGACGGCUCUCAAGGGCUGCCCGGAGUGCCGCCAGCCAAUCACAAGCCUCCGUCGGUACGGCAGGAUGGUAAACAAGGCUCUUCUCGACGAAUCAGAGCGCAAGUUUGCCCUCAGCUGCAUGGCAGACCAGCAGCAGCUCCAGCAGAAGCUGUCCAAGCUAAGCCAAGCCAUAUCUGCUUGCCCUGAGGCUGCUCAACCCAGGCAGUUGCAGGAGCUGGCUAAAGCUGCGACUUCACUGGUCGUGCAGGCAAACAAGGUGCGGGUGACUGGUAUGGAACCGCCAACCCAGCAGACAUACCAGGCUUCUGUGGCUGCGCUGCAGAGAAAGCACCUCCAGCUGGGAGCAUCGUCAUCCUCGUCUCGAGCAGGUGCUGCAGAUUCACCUGCAGAUGCACCUGAAGAUGCUCCUGAACACUCUCCAGCAGGUUCCUCUGCGGGUUUGACAGUGUCAGCGUGGGAGGAGGAGUGCCAGCUGCUGUAUGUCCCGCAGCCACAGACCGGGCCCCUCUGCGAAGCCCUCCUGCUGCUGGGGAAAGCUUACCAGCUGCUCAUGACUGCCAAUUUCCUCCAGCUGCGAUGCCUCCUGAAUGAACGCAAAAAGCUGUCUCGCCAGACUGCUCAUCGAGCUGCUGGGCUGACUUCUGCUCAGGCUGCUGGCCUGGCUGCUGGUCAGAUUGAUAAGAACAGCACGGGUAGAGAUGAGUUUCUGGCUCGGAAGUUGAAGAAUUUCCGGGCGGUUGUGCGGAAGGCGCUGCGGAAUGCGGAGAAGCAUGUGGGUGAGGCGGUGGAGUGGGCUGGCAAGCGCAGGGCGCCUCGGCUGGAGGCGCGGGGGAGGCUGGAGAUGGCUGAUGUGUUGCGUGCGUUCGUGGGGGGGUUGAUGGUGGAGCGCCUGCUCUCAACCUCCCCUGCUGGCCUGGAUGAGUCAAAGGAGCAGCAGCUGGAGUAUCUUGAGAAAGCCAAGGUGCAGUGCCACAUGGUGGCCUCACACCAUCUGGUGUCAGUCAGAGAGAACGACAGCCUGGGGGGCAGCGCUCGGAGAAUGCUCGAGAAAGACUUGCGUGAGCUGGAGCAAUCUGUUCGCGACGAACCUCGGUACUUUGCUGUGACCGAACGUGAGAAGGAUGAUGUGUUUGAGGCGAUAGGCUUGGGAAGGGGGCAUUGGUACCGGUGCCCGAAUGGGCAUGUGUAUGUGAUUGUGGAUUGUGGUAUGGCAAUGCAGCAGUCGCGUUGCCCUGAGUGUGGUGCGGCUGUGGGUGGGGGGAGCCAUACACUUAGAGCAGAUAAUUCGUCCGCCACUGGUUUCUUCAGCAGGUCAUGA